AACCCCAGCCAAAUGCACCACACACACCCCACCAUCUCUCUCUCUCUCUCUCUCUCUCUCACACACACACACUGACAUACAGACACACACAUCUUUAGCCACAUCCUCAAGUGAGUGAAAUGAAGGCAUCAUACAUUGCAGUGUGCACUCUGCUGGUGCUGCUCCUGGCAAAAACAGAGGUAACAAUGGCAGUAACAUGCAACCCCACACAGCUGAGCCCCUGUGUGGGUGCAAUUACAUCUUCAAAUCCACCAUCUUCCCUGUGCUGCAGUAAGAUCAAGGAACAGAAACCCUGCCUCUGCCAGUACCUCAAGAACCCGAACCUCAAAAAGUUUGUCGACUCCCCCAAUGCAAGGAAAGUUGCAAACACUUGUGGAACUCCCUUCCCCAAGUGCUAGAUCCCUAAAACAUUCAAGGAAGGACUUCUCCAUUCUAUAUGCAUCAUGCUACUUUGAUGUAUUAGCUUAAGGGUGGAGAUUAGAGAGUUAAUUUACUUUUGAAGUUGGGUGUGGUCUC